UCAGUGCCUCCCUGAUGUCUUUGUAGCUGAGCUGAGGAAAAGGGGCGGGGUGUUCAUGUGUCCACGACCAGUUCUUUGAACCAGAGUGCCAUGAACUGUGCUGAGCUGCGGGUCGAGGCGAAGGAUGCGUAUUAAUAAAGCUGUGGUGCUGGUUCAGUUUCAUUUAUUCAGACACGGGCAGGAUCAGACCGGCAGGAUGGGGCAGGUGGACCUGCUGUGGAUCACUGCUGCUCUUCUGUCUUCACCACUGCUCACACUGUGUGACCCACUGUACAUUUUGUCAGCUCCCCAGAUAAUGAAGGUGGGUACAGAAGAGCAGGUGUUUGUGGAGGUGCAGGACUGCAAAGCCCCAAACCCCUUAAAUGUAAAUAUCAAAGUGGUGGACUUUCCCAGCCAAGACAUGGUUCUCUACUCAUCAACGGUGACGCUAAAGCCUGAGGAACAAUUUCAAGCUCUUGUUGGUAUAAAUAUCCCCUUUAACGACAUACUUUUUAACACAGACCCAAAGAUUAAACAGUAUGUUUAUCUGAAAGCAACCUUUGAUGGACCUCAUUCCAUGGAGAAGAUUGUCAUGGUCUCCUUCCAGCCGGGUUAUAUAUUCAUACAGACGGACAAGACAAUAUACACUCCUGAUAGCACAGUCAAAUACAGGCUUUUUCCUUUGGGCACAGACGCAAAGCCUGUUUCACUUCCUUUGAUUGUGGAAAUUGUGACACCAGAAGGGAUCGUCACUUCUGAAGACCGGUAUGCUUCGUUCGUGGGGCAGUAUAUACCCAAAAGCACUGGAAUCUGGAAAAUAGUUGCAAGCUUUAGGAAUUAUCCAUACAAGAAAUUCACUGCAGAGUUUGAAGUCCGAGAUUACGCGCUGCCUAGUUUUGAAGUGAAGCUGACGCCUGAGCAAUCUUUUUUCUACACGGGUGAUAAAACGUUCUAUGUUGAAAUUAAGGCAAUGUAUUUGUUUGGACAAGAGAUUCAAGGUAGUGCUUUUGCAGUAUUUGGCCUCCUCAGUGAAGGCAACAAGAUAAACCUAAAGAGUUCCCUGGCAAGAGUUGACAUUGUCAAUGGACAAGGUACAGCUGUUCUCAAAAGAGACCACAUCCUUCAAACCUUCCCAAAUAUUGAUGAACUUGUUGGGAAAACACUGUACGUAUCUGUCAGUGUGCUCACUGAAAGUGGAAGUGAAAUGGUGGAGGCAGAGAAAAGGGGAAUUCAUAUAGUGAAAGCACCAUAUAGCAUUCACUUCACAAAAACCCCGAAAUACUUUAAACCUGGAAUUCCCUUUGAUUUCAAGGUGUAUGUAACGAACCCUGAUGACACCCCAGCAGAAAAUGUUCAGGUAUCGCUGACACCAGGUUAUGUGCAAGGAAAGACUGAUAAGAACGGAAUUGCCAGCAUCGUCAUCAACACCUUGAAAGGAAUCUCCAGUCUAGACAUCACUGUGCGCACACUCAUGAAGGGAAUUCCAGCAGAAAACAAGAUGACAGCGCAUGCCUACAAGCCUAGUGAUGGUUCCCAAAACUACCUGCACAUAGACAGAAUCACUGGAUUAUUGAAAGUCGGGGACCAUUUAACCCUCAAGCUGAUUAAAGGGCCUAGUCAUGUUGAAGACCAAGACCUCACUUGUGUGGUUCUAAGUAAAGGACGGAUCAUAACAGCUUCAAGAUACCAGACAUCAGGUAAUGCAGUGAUAGCUGUGCCACUCACAGUCACUAAAGAAAUGCUUCCCUCUUUCCGUGUGGUGGCGUAUUACCACGUGGGAUCCUCUGAGGUCGUGGCUGAUUCGAUCUGGGUUGAUGUGGAGGACACGUGUAUGGGAUCACUCAAAGUUGAUGUAAAGGAUGUUAAAGGAGAAUAUACCCCCAAUGGACUUAUUGAUCUGAAAAUUGCUGGUGAUCCUGGGGCAAAUGUUGGCCUGGUCGCUGUGGUCAAGGGUGCCUAUGUCCUUAACAACAAGAACAUACUCAGCCAGGCCAAGAUCUGGGACACCUUUGAGAAGCAUGACCUUGCCUGCACGGCUGGCAGUGGUCAAGACAGUAUGGGGGUUUUCUAUGAUGCAGGACUCCUGUUCAUGUCUAAUUCUGCAGGAAGCACCCCUGACAGUAGAGAUUUCUCUUGCCCAUCUCAACUAAACAGAAAACGACGUGACAUCCCCACCACGGGUGAGGAGGACAAAGAUGAUGAAAUUUUUGAUGUUUCAUCACGUUCAAAAUUUCCGGAGAGCUGGCUGUGGCAGUAUGAAAUGCUUCCUAAAUGUAGAGAUGAAGGAAAAUGUGAAAAAACCUUGAAGACGUGGUUUCCAGAUCAGAUCACCACCUGGGUGAUCACCGCUAUCAGCACAUCAGCAGACUAUGGUAUUUGUGUGGCAGACCCAAUGGAGCUUAUAGCCCGGAACUCUUUCUUUGUUGACCUGAAGUUGCCUUAUUCGGCUGUGGUCAAUGAGCAAAUAGAAAUCAGCGCAAUCAUUCACAACUUUGGAAGUUCUCAAAUCAAUCAGGCUAUAGUGGCACUGAAGGAGACUGAGACUAUAUGCAGUUUGGCCAGCUACAAGAAGAAGUAUCGCACCACUGUGAACAUAGCUGGCAAAUCAUCACGUGUUGUUCCCUUCAUUAUCAUCCCGCUGGUUCCAGGCCGAUAUAACAUUGAGGUGAUAGUCAUAGACUCCAAUGGAUGGCCAGAUGGUGUGAGGAAAAGACUGAAUGUAGUGUUACCAGCACAUGGCAAUUUAACAGGAGUAGGUGAAGGCUCCAUGUCAGUUGUCACUGGGCAUUACACCAAACCUUACCCAGUUGGAGUAAAGUGCAAGAACUUUGAUCUGGAUGUGAUGUUUAUCAAAAUGGAAACAAUUUCCUAUUAUGGUGCACUUGCAAGUUAUACACUUUCCAUAGGAACCAAGUUUCUGAAAGACAGAGAAUCCACCAUGACAGUUCUGGAUAUCAGCCUGCUGACAGGGUUUUUACCAGAUGCAGAAGAUCUGCAAAAGCUGAUGGGAACCAACAGGCACAUCCAGAGGUUUGACAUGGACAGACUUUCCAACGAUGCAUCCCUCAUCAUCUAUCUCAAGAAGGUCUCAAAUGUAGAUAAGGAGAGAAUUACCUUCAGAAUGCACAAGAAGUCACAUUUUGGUCUCCUUCAACCAGCGAGUAUAAAAGUAUAUGAGUAUAAUGAUGAAGAGAACCACUGUGUGAAGUUUUAUGACGCAGCCGAGCGAAUAAAUGGAAUGCUUCGCACCAUCUGCCCGACAGACGUGUGCAGCUGUGCUGAAGUGAGCUGCACUCUGCUGAAAAAUACUGAAGUUCUGGCUGAAGACAAGCGCUUUCAAGAAGCCUGUGAGAGAAAGGAUUUUGUUUACAAGGCAAAUCUGAAAGACAUUAAGCAAUCAGACUCAGCAGACAUCUACACCUUCACUAUCAUAGACAUCCUGAAAGAGGGAUCUGAUCCAGUUCAACCCCGAGAUCAGAGGAAUUUUUGGGCUCAUUCUCAGUGCAAAGAAAAACUGAACCUAAAAAUGGGAAAAGACUACCUCAUCAUGGGGCCUGAACCAAAGAAGAUCGAUGAUAGUUAUCACUAUUUGUUUGGGGUUUGGACAUGGCUGGAAUACUGGCCCACCAUCAAGGAAAGCUUGGAGAGCAGGGACAACAGACUGCGAUAUAACGGCCUGCUGUAUUUCAGCUAUUAUUUACAAUACACUGGAUGCACAAAAUAAACUUGUUUUUUUAAAGCAUACAUGUGUGUGCAGAUUCAGAUUGUACCCAAUACUUUUGCCUUUCUCGUCAUAUGUACGCUUUCUCUUACAGAUGUACAUGAGUUUGAUCACCAAUUAUUAAAUACAACAAUCAUGUAAUUA